AUGGGGACUCUAAACGAUCAGGCGGUUUUGCAGGCCAUCUUCAACCCCGACACCCCAUUUGGAGACGUCGUUGGGUUGGACCUGGGAGAGGAAGCUGAGGAAGAAGAUGAAGGUGGAGUCUUCCCGCAAGCACAGCUGGAGCAGUCCAAGGCCCUGGAACUGCAGGGGGUGACAGCAGCAGAGGCCGGCGACCUCAGCACAGCGCUGGAGAGGUUUGGCCAAGCCAUCAACCUGCUGCCCGAGAGGGCGUCAGCCUACAACAACCGAGCCCAGGCCCGGCGGCUCCAGGGAGAUGUGGCAGGGGCCCUGGAGGACCUGGAGCGCGCCGUGAAGCUGAGCGGCGGCCGGGGCCGCGCUGCCCGCCAGAGCUUCGUGCAGCGCGGGCUGCUGGCGCGGCUGCAGGGCCGGGACGACGACGCCCGCCGGGACUUCGAGCGGGCGGCGCGACUGGGCAGCCCCUUCGCGCGGCGCCAGCUGGUGCUGUUGAACCCGUACGCCGCGCUGUGCAACCGCAUGCUGGCCGACGUGAUGGGGCAGCUGCGCGGGGAGCGCGCCUCGCGCUGA